GAGUUUAGUUUUGAAAACAAGAGGCUCGCCGGCACUCGGUCUUCGCGCUUGUCCUGUAAACGUAGGAGUUUUGAGUCGUGUGACUAAUAAUUAGUCUAGAGAGAAAGAAAAAGAGACGGAAAGAGAGAGAAAGAGAGAGAGAGAGAGAGAGAGAGAGAGAGAGGAAAGACAGUGGUUACGUAUCUCUUUCUUCGUAUAGGAAGAGAGAGACAGAGAGGAGACGGACGCGUUGCGAGCCGGUAUUCCCAUCUACUCGCGUGUUCUCUCCAUUUACAUAUUGUUUCUUUUUUAUCCAACUUCCUCUUCCCUUUCUCCUUCUUCUUCGUUCGAUUUCCUUCGUAUAAUUUCUAAUCUCCGAUAUUAUAAUAAAGAACGACGAAAAUUGACUACGAAGAUAAAAGAAAAAGAGGAAGAGAAAAAGAGAGAAAGAGAAAGAGAAAGAAAGAGAAAUAAAUAAAGAUGGACCCUCUUCGCGAGCAAGUGAUGAUCAAUCAAUUCGUACUGGCUGCCGGUUGUGCCAGAGAACAAGCAAGGCAAUUCUUACAAGCUACUCAUUGGCAAUUCGAGAUGGCACUCAGUCUCUUCUUCCAAGAAGUAGCGAUACCUUCUUGUGCUCAGCCUGGUACUCCUUUUGGUCAAAUCACACCGUGCAAUACACCAGCAACGCCACCGAAUUUUCCAGAGGCGUUGGCUGCAUUUUCCAAAAUGUCGGCUGGUGAAAAAACUCCCACAGGCAUGUCUCCGAGCCAAAACGGGUUGCAACAAAGUUCAACGGCGACAGUGGCGCAGCACCACGGGGUCCGGUGUAGCAUCUCCGGCAAUGCACAACAGCAAGUUGUACCGAGCCAACAACAAUUUGGCUUGGGUGAAUUACAGAGAUAAGGAAAAAAGAAGAUGCGAGCCGAUAGGAGGAUGCGUCUUAUCAAGCGUUUGUACGAAGAUGUAGAGAAGAAAGGAAAGAAAAAGAUGAUGAUAAUAAUAACGAUGAUGAUGAUGAUGAUGAUGAUGAUAAUGAUAAUGAUGAUGAUAAUGAAAAAGAAAAAAAAAACUAUGAUGAUGAUGACAGUGAUCGUAAGAGAUGGUAGAAAAAACUCGAUCCUCGAUAUGGUGUUUCACAAAGCAAGAAAAAAAACAAACAAAAUAAAAAAAAAUAUUGCUUGGUUCUCCUAUGGCUAAUAACAUACACUGGCGACUACGACACAGUGUAGUAGCCUCUCACGUGAUUUUCCCUCUAGCGGAAAAUGCACAACUAACGACGACGAUGUACGAGCGAAUUCGAACAAAGCCGAGCAAAGCCGAACGAAACCGAACAAGAAUCACAUUAGCGUUUCUAUUGCUCGGACUCGUUCGAAUUUCAUUUCUUUGUAUUUGUUUUCUCUCUCUCUCUCUCUCUCUCUCUCUCUCUCUCUCUUUCUCUCUUUAUUAUAGUCUUCUUAUAAAACUAUUUUACUCUCUCUUUUAUCAAACGUCUUGUCGUGCUGUCUCACAAAAAAAUUGCAGUCGUUUUCUACUCGUUUUUAUUCCCCUUACUUUUCAUUGAUUUUGUUUUCUUUUUUUCUUCUUUUUAAAAGGAACGGUAAUGUUCCUACAACUAUGAAAGACAGAAAUACCCUUUAGUGUUUAUCGAGAACAAUAGUACGUAAUCUACAGAGAGUACGUGUAGUGUGUGAUUUGAUGUAAAAAAGACAGGAGUAGCUUGUCGAAGCCACGAUUUAAAAAAAAAAAAAGGAGGUAAAAAAAUUCACGAAAUGGCUUCGUAAAGUACUCGCUGUUUUGUUUCACUUCGUUUAUUUCAUGUUUGAUUAAGAAUAUGUCAAAACGGUAGGCUUGUAUAAAUACGUACGCGUUCACUGGGGAGCUUUCCAGCGAUUACAUGGAAGGCUGUGAAAACAAAAUAAAAACUACGAAAGAUGGAGGUUCCUCGUCUCCACGUGACGCGAAUACGAAAAAAUUAAUUCGAAAAAGCGACAACAAUUCUCGAUUUUCUUUUAUCAUGAGUUUGAGAAUCAGCUGGAAUUUGAGAUAGGGCUGUUCGUUAAAUUCGAAUUACCCGCCGUCUAACUCGCCUGACAAAGAGUAGCACCAUCGUAGCAGAAACCUGUCAAUUUUUUUUCAAUAUGAACUUUAUUUAAAGAACAACGUCACGCGAUUGUAAAAUUGUAAAGAUCGCUUUUUUUUUUUUUUUUUUUUUUUUUUUUUU